GUUCUAGCGACAAGGCAACAAAGGUUCCACAGAGGGGGUAGCAGAUCAUCGUGAGACAAAUGGCGACAAGAGAAGAACUACAUAUACAGGCAGGGUGGACCAUUCCGCUGGUGAAGAUAGACGGUGUUGUCGAGAGGAAGACGUUGACAGAAAAGCUGAAGACGAUGAAAUCCCGUCCAGUCAGAGAAGAUGAUAUUUUCCUGUGCACAUAUCCCAAGUCAGGAGCUCAUUGGACGUGGGAAAUCCUCAAUAUGAUUGUAGGAGGCAAAGCCGAAUACACCAAACACUGGAAAAACUCUGCCUCGCUGAUACACAGGACCGAGGUAGAACUGGAGGAACUAGCAUCACCCAGGAUCAUGCAAACCCAUUUAUUGCCACGACAGAUGCCAGAGUUGCUAUUGGAACGCAGAUGCAAGGUGGUGUACGUCCAGAGGAAUCCCAAAGACUGUGCGGUGUCAUACUUUUGUCAGAUGAGCCAACAAGUACGUAAGGACAACGCCUCACAGCAGGUGGCAUUUACUGGCUCCUGGGACGAGUUUCUCAGGAUCUUCACAGACGGUUGUGUUCCUUAUGGGUCGAUAUUUCACCAUGUUAAGGAGUGGAAAAGAGUUUCUGAGGUGCAUAAAGGUUUUGAAAUAUGCUAUGUGCAGUACGAAGACAUGAAACAGGAUUGCGUGGCGCAAAUAAGAAGAAUGGCUGAAUAUCUCGAUCGUCCCCUUCCCGAAGAGAAGUACCAGGAGAUAGCGGAUGCCUGCUCCUUUAAGAAUCUCAAAAAUGCCAAUGAGAAAAACAAAGAUCAAACGUUUCACAACCGCUGGCAAGACGGAUCAAGUGGGUAUUUCAGAAAAGGUGAGUGCUACAGCGAGUCUGUGAAAAGAGUGAGUUAA